UAGAUUUCAAUAAACUUAGACUAGUACUUAGUAAUAGUUCAUUUCUAGAUUUCAAUAGACUUAGACUAGUACUUAGUAAGAAUGAGAUUCAAAGUAAUUAUUUUCAGCGCUUUUGCAUCCCUGCUCCAGAGUAUCACUGCACAAAAUUGUGGCUGUAACUGUAAUUCAAUAAGUAUACCUAACAAUGGUGGCGCCUUAAACAUACAAGCUAUAGGCCCUAUCGCACCGUCCGGCAUCGCCGUGGCCACAGAGCUCGGCCUGUCCGGUGACCUUGAGCUGUCCGGCGCGCUGCCGUACCUGAGCGCCGUGGAGUUCCAGGGCCAGUUCGACACCAGCGGCUCCGCGCCGGUGGCGUACGGCUGUGGGAACUGCGUCGCUAUAACUCAGGAACUCGGUAACCUGAGCGGCGCCAACGGUAACAUCAAGUAUGGCCAAAUUCGCCAAGCCACCAUGGAGCAGAUUGGCGAUUUUGGUACCUGUGGAUGCGAACUUCUUCAUGUUAGAAAUAGAAAGAAAUUGCCUUAAAUACUACUGUAACUAGUAAUAAGAUUCUAUAGAGCGAUCAUCGUGAUACAUGUCUAGACAAGCGCUGUUCUAGCCAAAUUAAGCCCAAUGAGUUACUUAUGUAUAUAGUGGUAUAUAAUAAAUGUUUAUAUUUUUUUACCGUCAUUACAUGUGUUUUUUCUUCAUCUAAAGGAAAUAAAACUACUUAUGGAAACGGAUUAAAUCGCGUAUAAUGACUUUACAAUUCAUCCCGACGUUUCGAACACUUUACAGCAUUCGUGGUCAAC